UUUGGGCCUGUAUCUUUCUUGUGACAUGGGUGAAUGACCUUUGAUGGAGAUUUGAGUUCGAGAUCAUCGAUUGUGGCUGGCGAUGGAGAAUCAUCGCAGGCGAAGCUUGCUUGAUGAUGAUGGUGAAAUUGGAUUACAGUAGAGAGACGGAAGAAGAAUGCCGAAGUGAAGCAGUGCCGAUGAGAGCAAGCUCUUCUUGAGGCUCAGCUUUGGAGUCAGCGACGGUUGAUGAUAAAGAGAUUAUCUCAAAAUGUCAAUAAAAUUUCAAGAACUGAGACCUGAGUCAAUGACCUACCAGGAAAGAUUCUUAGUUGUCACCAACAAACAAAGAGACAGACGACUUAUAUACACGCCAACGAGCUUGUUGAUCCCUUCUCAGCUAUCAGCAGCCAACUACAGCUCUAGAUCGUGGUGAAAUUGAAUAACUUUUUUUUUAUGGAACAAGUCGUAGUGUGAAGCUUCCUUUUUUACACGCAAUCUAGACACAACUCCAUAAAAGAGUAAAACUUUCCUUCUCUCUCGAAAGUCAAAGCUGUUCAUUUGAUGCUUUGAUCGGCAAACUUGUGCAUGGAAACAGUGAAUUGGAAGGAGAGAUGAUGAUGCAGUGUUUAGAUGCAUUAAAGCACUUCUCCAUAUUUCUCUUGACUUGUUGUGAUUCUGAUCGUCAUCACCACUCCGGGGGUCUUCCCAACCCCAAGGAUCUGGCUAGAGGCACUGUCUUUACUGUGAAUGAGAUUGAAGCUCUUUACGAAAUGUUCAAGAGCAUCAGCAAAGCCGGCCUUAUCGACAAGGAACAGUUUCAGUUGGUACUCUUUAAAUCCAACAGAAAGAAGAGCCUUUUUGCUGACAGGGUGUUUGACUUGUUUGACACCAACCAUACUGGAAUCCUUGAUUUUGAAACCUUUGCACGUGCCAUUUCGGUUUUCCACCCCAAGGCUCUAAUGGAGGAUAAGCUCGAGUUUGCUUUCAAGCUGUAUGAUCUGAAGCACCAGGGGUUUAUAGAGAGACAAGAGUUGAGGCAAAUGAUGGUGGCGACUCUAGCUGAAUCUGGCAUGAAUCUUUCUGAUGGCGUGAUAGAGAUCAUCAUAGACAAGACAUUUGAAGAAGCUGAUAGUAAAAUGGACGGGAAGAUUGAUAAGGAAGAGUGGCAGAGUCUUGUUCUUCGUCACCCCUCUCUGUUACAGAAUAUGACCCUUCAGCAUCUCAAAGACAUAACAAAGACGUUUCCCAACUUUGUGUUUUACACUAUAGUGACUGACAACCCAUCGUCUGGAUGAUCAUGAGGGAUGUGAUUUUGGAUUUUUGUUGGUGCAAGUUGAUUCUUUUUUUUUUUUUUUUUGGCAACAGAGAUGGUACAAUAUUGUAUUUUGAAAUCUUGUUUCUUACUUAACUUCGACUCUAAUUCUAUUUGUAUCUGAAACCUGGCCUUUCUGAUUUAUUUUAAAGCAAUAUUCAAAUUGAC